AUGUACCGCGACAUUAAAACGAUACCAACACCUUCAGGAUGGACACCUGAAAUAAAAUACAUUGACAAACUGAUAUGGUCACCUGCUAUUCCACAAGAAUUGCGCCUGAGCUUUGAUCCCAAGCCUGCCAAGAUGGCUGAUCAAGUGCAAUCGCCACGAUUCCUAAACGAUCAUGUCAAUGUACGAGGCACGUCCUAUCCAGGCAUAAAAGAGCAGCGACGAAACAUAAAAAUCAAAAAGAUCAUGGACAAGAGUCAUCCUUGUUGUGGAGCGUAUGGGCUAUAUGCCGCUCAAACGUUACAACCACGCCAAUUAAUUCUCGAUUAUCUGGGCGUCGUGGAGUAUCAGACAUAUGACCCAACCUCGGACUAUGUUUUACGAUUUGGCACGGAUCUGUCUAUCGAUGCUGCAAAGUAUGGCAAUGAAGCUCGAUUUUGUAACGAUUUCAGAGGAAUUGGCUCGGGACCGAAUGUGUGCUUCUUGAACUAUAUGGAUGAAAAUACGCGCCAGAUCAAGGUUGGGAUCUUUGUGGCGGGAAAUAGCAAGAUUAGAAAAGGCGAAGAGCUGCUUGUUACGUAUGGCAAAUCAUUUUGGACCAACCGAGGGAUGAACAUGCAUGAGAAUCAUCACUCCAGCAAAAAAUAG